AUGAUGUGGAAAAGCAGGAGUGUCUGCAGGAGCACUGUUUGCCUGAAGCUGCUUUGUGUUGCUCUGAUUGUCACUGGGGUUGUAUUUACCACAUUACAAAUUCUGGAUGUCAGUAAAAAGAAGAGGAGGAUUGAGCAAUGGGAUCCCCUCAUGACCCAGUAUGUGCCCAUUCUGUACCCUACAAGUGCAAGCAGGGGAGAGCAUCCGAAUAGUGAGAAUAAAGACAGAGGGACCGACUCCUGUAAGGCCCAAACCAACAUCUUUUUUCUAAAAACCCACAAGACUGCCGGCAGCACCAUCAUGAACAUACUGUUCCGCUAUGGAGAAUUUCACAACCUGACGUUUGCCUUGCCCUUACAAACUAAAUCACAUUUCUUCUACCCAAAAUAUUUCACUGCCGCAUUAGUGGAUGGAUUCUCAGCAAAGAGCAACAAGACCUAUGAGAUUAUGUGUCAUCACAUGAGGUUCCUGCUCACUGAGGUGGAAAAGGUGAUGCCCAGUAAUACAUUUUAUUUCACCAUUUUACGAAAUCCGGUGUCUCUCAUGGAAUCGUCCUUCUCUUAUUACAAAUCUACCGCCUCCUUUAUUACAGCCAAAAGCCUGGAAGAUUUCCUCAACAAAACAUCUUAUUACUACAAAGGCAACAGCUAUGCCAGGAAUAUUAUGACUUUUGACCUGGGCUUCGAUCACAACGGGAAAGAAUCCCCAAAGCACUUUCAGCGGGCUGGGAGAAUGGUGGAAGCCAUAUACGACCUUGUAUUAAUCACGGAGUACUUUGAUGAGUCUUUGGUGCUGCUUAAAGAUGCCCUGUGCUGGACACUUGAUGACGUGCUUUCAUUUGCCCUAAACAUGAGAACUAACAGCACUAAACUGGCUAUUUCUCAAGAGACACAAGGAAAGAUAAAAAGUUGGAACCAGCUGGACUGGCAGUUGUACAUUUACUUCAACAAUUCCUUCUGGAAUCGAGUGGAGAAGUUUGGAAGGGAACGGAUGCAGCGUGAGGUGGAAGAGCUUCAGAAAAGAAGAACACAAGUUGCUAAAAUAUGCCUAAAGAAUACAGUAGAGAUGAACAAGAUCCAGGACAAAUCUUUAAUACCAUACCAGUCUGGCAAAGCAAAAAUUCUCAGUUAUAACCUGAACUCUGGCUUAGGAAAGGCUGAGCAGCUCCUUUGCCAGCGAAUGGUGACCCCAGAAAUACAGUACACAAAUUUAUUAUGGGCCAAGCAGAGAAAGUCUAAAUUUAGUUCCAGAAACUCAAAGAUAAUUCAAUUUAGAAAGCAAAAGUAACACAAAUUGAAGUGAAUACUUGUUAUCAUUUUAAGGAACUAUAUUCGUACGUGAUUCCUGACCAUAUCCUUCCAGAAGAACUAACCAAAAAGAGAAGUGCAGUGCACAGAGCCUGCUGAGCCCUUUGAUGUAAUUCCAGUUGUGGUUGUAGGGUUGGGCCUCAGAAUCAAACCAGAAAUUCUAGUAAAAAGACACAUUUCAUUGGGUAACAGCUGCUGAGAUCAUUUCAUUUGU